AUGGCGGAAGGAACUAGAAUGAAGAGUUUUGAAGAGCAGCUCAGGAAACAAGAGGCUAGGAUCCAAGCAGUCAUUGAUUCCUUGGCUGCGGACAAGCAGGCUAUGGACGAACGGUUGGAAGGUAAUCAAAGGGAGAUGCGAGCUCUAAUGGAAACCAAUAACUCAGAGCUGAAAAGCUUCAUGAGUACUCAAAUCAGUUCCAUUUUGAGGAGUUUGCAAGGUGACAGGGGCAUUUUGGGAAAUCCUACGGGCUCAGCAGAGAGGACUCCUAAUCAUCGCAGUACUGGAGCUCAAGGUGUUCGACAAGGUGAAUUUGGCAAUUCAACCAGAGGAGAUGGCCAGCAUUGGCCUGUGGGGGUCCCCAGGCUAGAUUUUCCCAGGUUUGAAGGCCAUAGUCCCAAGGAGUGGAUCAGGAAGUGUGAGAAGUUCUUCCAACUGUUUCACACUCCUGAAGAUCAGCAGAUGGACUUGGUGGAAUUGCAUCUAGAAGGCAAGGCAGAUCUCUGGUAUCAAAAUUUCAAAAAAGACAGAGGGGUGGUUCAAUGGAAGGAUUUUGGUUUGGAGGUGUGUAGAAGAUUCAGCAAUGUAGGGGAAGCAGAUGCUGUAGAGGAGUUCAGCAAGCUUAGUCAAUCCUCCACCGUUCUGGCUUACCAGGAAAAGUUUGAAGAGUUGAGGUCAAUUGUAAUGCUCCAGGUGCCUGAGUUGACCGAAUCUUACUACAUAGCUAGUUUUCUAAGUGGAUUGAAAGGUGAAAUCAAAUCGGCUGUGAAGAUGCAUAGGCCACUUAGUCUACAAGCUGCAUUUGAAAUGGCCAGAUGGCAGGAACACCACUUAGAGCUUCUCCACAAGUCCAAUAGAACUUCACUCAAAAGUGGCCCACAAUCAACUCCCUAUGGUUCUACCAAGGGAGUGCAGGAUCCAGGAGUAAGGCAGACGGGUACUUUGUCACCAGAUUACAGCAGGAAAUCCAAUCCACAGCAGGUUUUCAAGAAGAUCUCCCCUACUGAGUUUCAAUACAGGAAGGACCAUAAUCUGUGUUUUAGGUGUGGAGAAAGAUUCAGUCCAGGGCAUAAUUGCAAAAGCAGGGGAAUCCACAUGAUUUUAGUAGAUGAUGGGGACAAAUGUGAUACAGAUCAGACAGUAGAUCAGACAGCAGAAGAAGAGGAAGUUAUUGAGUACGUGGGGAACCAGCAGGAGCAAGAUGUGAUGCUAACCUUGCAUGCAAUGUCAGGAGAAUUAUCAUCUAGCAUCAUCAAAAUGCAGGGGCGGUAUAAGGGUCAUCAUCUGGCAAUCCUUCUAGAUGGAGGAAGUACUAACUGCUUUAUCAAGAGAUCUGUGGCUCAGAUGUACCCAGAAAUGGUGCAGAGGCAUAGGCCUUUUAAGGUCAAGAUAGCUGAUGGCAAGGAGUUGCAAUGUGACCACUGGAUUCCUAGGAUGCAAUGGGACAUGCAGGACCACAAAUUUACACAUGAUGUGUUUGUCCUGGAUCUGGAACCUUAUGAUUUGAUAUUGGGGGUGGACUGGAUGAAAUCCUACAGUCCUAUCACUUUUGACUUCAAGAAAUUGCAUCUGUCUUUUGAAAAGGAAGGGGAGCAGGUGGUGCUAAGGGGAGAUUCCAACACUGCCAACGUUAGGAUGCAGCAAGGCUUAUCAGCUCACAAGUAUGUCAAGCAUAAGAUCAGGAAGGCUCUACAGCAGUCUUGCAUGGUGCAGAUUCACAAUUCACAGGUAAUGUCUGUACCAGAUUCUCUCACUAAAUUGUUGGCCAAAUAUGAUGAUGUCUUUGCAGAACCUAAAUCUCUCCCUCCUAACAGAUGCCAUGACCACCAAAUUCCCCUUAAAUCAGAUGCCAAACCUUUCAAAAUUCCUCCAUACAGGUACCCCCAUUUUCAAAAACAUGAAAUUGACAGGCAAGUAAAAGACAUGUUAGCCUCUGGCCUUAUACAGAUCAGCCACAGCCCCUUUGCAUCUCCUGCUCUAUUAGUCAAAAAAAAAAGAUGGGAGUUGGAGACUCUGUAUUGA